AUGAACUGGACGGGGGGCCGCCUGCAACGCCACUCUUAUAAAAGUCAUAGAUCCCUAAAGGUUACCCAGAAACAGUACUUUGCAAAAGCAAGACUGAAAGCUCAGAAAAGUCUCCACCAAGGACCGUCUUCAUCUUCUGCUAGAUCUUCGUGGUCCCAAAAUCUGCCUACUACGCAGUUAUCCCAUCAGCAAACACGAAAAAAAACCGACAGCCACGAGGAAUGUGAGAGACGAGUUAACCAAACCAUCCCAUCAGAUCGGUCCAGUAAACGGAGUCUUGAAACCGGAGAGUCGCAAUACUUUGAAGAGCUCCGACGAAAACUGCUCAAAAGACAAGAUUGGGCCAGCUUAUCUAUCGCUCGCCCACUAAGAACAAGCACAUUUCCCAGAAGGGAUCGACAUACAAUAAAUAUAGCAAAAAGACAACAUCGCCGCCCGCAAAAGAUGAAGGACAGGAUAACCUUCCACGAAGAUUACGUGGAUGCAGACAUCGCCAUAGGCGAAGUGAUAGAUCUGCCCAGGGGCUAUAUAGACCAAAAUGGCCUAGAUGCGGUUCUCCCUGGUUUUCCCAAUAUGAAAAGGGGUGACAUCUAUGAUGAAAUGCGCCAAAGUCCUUCAACUAUUGGAAGUAAUAGCCCUAGCGACCUAGAAUAUCUACGCCUAGAAGAAGGAUUCGAAACGGACCUGGAGACAACAAGAAUGGCUAACUCACGCAACAUCGACCCUGGGGAAAGGAGCUAUCGCGCUAACGUCUUGUGGGAAAUCCCAGAUCACAGAGAGGGCCCGGAAGCGGAAAGUUCAGCUGUGUUUGGGGAGGGGGCGAGUAAGUGGUUUUCAUCGUCAAAUUGCCGAAACCGGAAUUCUUCUAUUCCACCCAGGUCUAUGGAUAUCCAGCAUCACAAUACGACCCUAGAUAGCCCUAAUGACGAACUACAACCCGAUUAUUGGUCUGUCGCUGGAAGCGAAUCGCCCAACCCUAGCCAAGACCAGUCAGAAUCUAUGUUGCUCGAUAUCGAAGAGAUGGAUGGCUUCAUGUCCUCUGGGAUGGACUUGAGGAAUAAUGACAUAUCGAAUCGCCCAGGCACCACUCAUUCAAAUGGCAAUAAAGAUGAAAAGCGCUAUGGAGGUGAGCAUCGGAGUCCACUGGUGUUGAAUAACCAAAGAGAGUCGGUCACUCUUACUCGAUCGACCGCAAAUCGGUCUCCUUCCACGAUGGUGUCACCGAGAAACCUAAACAUCGCGGAAGGAGUAGCCCUUCGGCCUCAGAGAUAUCCAGGAGAAGGAUCAGCGGGUGCUGUGAAUAGAGUGAAUCCAGCACCCACGUCAACAAACGAUCCUCCACUGCCACCGGCAGCGAUGCAAGCGAUGUAUUACAUGCAUCCUGAGAGGUUCCCUGACAAUAGUCUAAGAUAUUUGGUUCCCAAUCCCUACGCUGCACAUGAAUUGCCCACCGGGCCUAAUGCGAGUAGUACAUCUGAUCCGGAUAUCUCCGACGAUCAGCCAGUGCUCGGGUUCAGGAGGAGGGAGACGAGAUCUAUUGUCAGCCAUUCGGCGAUGGAGCAAAAUAUGUCCGCUAGCUUAGAACUGCAGGAUUACUCGUCGUCGCCGUAUAGAGGUAAGAGUAUCGAGCAGCAUCCGUCAACUCAAGCGGAGAUUCACGACCAAGAACAAUGUUAUCCGAGGCAGCAGGAAACCCUGGACGUAGACAAUGUAGCAAGGCCGGAAAUCCCUGUUCCAACUUCUGAAGCGAUUGAUAACAUUAAUGCCCUGGCUGGCCUCGAUGAUGGAGGAGAUCAUUUAUGGAAAUCUUUCAUGGUUUGGCCAACCAGUCAAGAACCGAGCAACCAUUAUACACUUUUGCCCCCAGUACGUGUGGAGGGCAGCGACUUAGAUGCUGCUGACGGGCCGGCCUACCCAAAUAGUUUGACGGAGCCUAAUAAUGAGAGCAACGAAGCCGUCUCUCAUGUAGAAGGUACAGAGGCAAUGACUGUGUGCGAUUCAGCCGAUCUGAGCGAAGCGAGAGGAUCCGAUUCAUUGGGAUGUGAAAUUUCGUCGCAAAAUGCCGUGGUUAGUACCACUCACGACAGUUCUGUAUCUGCACAAGAUACCAAUGUUUCUGAAUUCAACGGCACCCUCAAUGAAACUCCCAUAUUCCAAGAAACCGAUAAAGACGAUGCCAUCAGCGACGUCCAGCCUGCGGAAACUGAGGGUAUUCGAACGGCAAAUCAUCGUUUCAUGUGGAGCAACCAACGACAACAUCAAUAGCGCGUAUUCCCAGGAGACGAUUGAUUGAUAAAUUAAUGGAUUAGGAAUGGUGAGUAUGAAUAUCGUUCUCUUCUGAAGUCAUAUAUCAAGCGAUCAAGGUAGAUUUAAGGUCAGGCUAUCAACAUAUAUAUAUCUUAGUAAGGAGGAAACGAAGCUGCUAAUCAUGUAUUUCUUCUUUUUUUCUUUUUAUGUUUCUAUGUUUCUUUUUAAUUUUUUUUGAACGGAACAAGCUUGCUUAAAUAUUUAAUCGGCGCCUGAUAACUAACUAAUUAAGUUAAACAAUGGAAUUCCUUGUGGUAGAGCGCGAAGUAUUUAGU